CUGCAUGCACGGUGGCGAAGGAUGGCCUCACCAAGGACAAUAACUAUUGUGGCCCUUUCGUUUGCUCUGGGUUUAUUUUUCGUAUUUAUGGGGACGAUUAAGCUCACUCCGAGACUAAGCAAAGACGCAUACAGUGAAAUGAAAAGGGCAUACAAGAGCUAUGCCAAAGCACUUCCAGGCCUGAAAAAGAUUGGGAUCAGCUCAGUCCUGCUUCGUAAGAUCAUUGGCUCUCUGGAGGUGGGCUGCGGUAUUGUGCUCACCCUUGUGCCGGGCAGGCCGAAGGAUGUGGCCAACUUCUUGCUUCUGCUUGUCAUGUUGGCUGUCCUGUUCUUCCACCAGCUAGUAGGAGACCCCCUGAAACGGUACGCCCACGCUCUAGUCUUUGGUAUUCUGCUCACCUGCCGACUGCUUAUUGCCCGUCAGAGUGAUGACCGGCCGGAGAGAGAGGACAGCAGAGAGGAACAGCACGUCAAUGACCAGGAAAAGAACAAGGUCAAGCAAUCUUAAGAUCCUCUUCUACUUCCGUCCAAGCUACAACGAAGGGAACCUGGUGCGCCUCUAAGGAUUGUAGUAAUUCAAAUUUUGAAGGAAACAGUCACUCCCAGUAAUAAUACCCCUCACACACAUAUCGUGUCCCAUCCAGCUGGCUGACUGAUGACUCUUCACCUGCUCCCCUGCACUCUUAAUGUGAAACUGAGAACUCCUGAACCGUACAUCCUCUACAUAACCAUGGACAAUCAUACAUGUGGAAACUGAUGAGCUCAGCUCACUGUCACAAUAGUCAUUUCCCUACUUAUUUUACUCCUACACUGUGGUAAACGUGUUUGUGUUCUUGUUUUAAAGUAUGAAUUUCAUUUAUGUCACAAGUUGAUUUGAGAAUGCUGUUUUUCAUGAAAGAAUCUUUGUAGCUUGUUUUUCUAAUUUGUUUUUAUACUGUAGGUAGGAGAGGCUAAUAAUUUACGAAUUUCAAUAGUUCAAGCAUGAUUCAUUUGGUCCAGAGUACAGAACAUAAACCAAAAUGAGCACUUUUGAAAGAAUUUUGUACUAAUUAUGCAUCGACCGGUAUUCCAUAUCCACAUCUUAUUUUGGUACAGUGUUAUCAGAAAGCUAUUUUAGAAAAAAAAAAAGAUAUAUAAAUCCUGGUUCAAUUUUGCAGAAGUAUGCAUGAAAUCCUUUCUCCCAAAGUGAAAUAAGCUGAAUAUCAUCUGUCUCCUUUCAGUUCAGUUACCACAGUGAAGUUGUUUGGCUGGAAGAGACAGCAGUUGCUGCCUCAGGUAUCUGCUGCUAGCUUGUACAGCAGAACAAAACCAAAUCCAAAAAGUCUUUUUGCCUGUUAAAACUGGAAUUUUACCUUUUGUAAUUCACAGGUGAACUCUUAAACCUAUUCACUGUCUCUUAAAGAUUCUGCUGUCUUCUGUUUGGUUAGUUUUUUUCUCUCUAAAGAUAUGAAAAGCAUUCCUAUUACAGUUUUGUUAGGGGCUGAAAUCUCAGUUGAAAAUUCUGUCAGUUUUGAGAUUUACAAUAUUUCUGUAAAUUAUGAACUUAAAAUAAAGAUUGG